AUGAUGAACAAUGAGGUAGAUGUGUAUGUAGAUGACGUGAUGAUAGACUCUGAAACAAGGGAAGGGCACUUUCAGGCUCUUGAUAAGUUUUUAGGACGAGUGGGAAGGUAUCACCUAAGACUCAACUCGAAAAAGAGUGUAUUCAGAGUUACAUCAAGGAAGUUGUUAGGGCAUAUAGUGAAUCAGCGAGGCAUAAAGAUCGAUUUGGACAAAGUCAAAGCUAUUCAAGAAAUGCCAAUGCUGAAGAUGAAGAGAGAGGCCAAAGGUUUUCUGCAACGCUUGCAAUACAUCAACAGAUUCAUUUCGAAGCUCAUAAUGGAUGAACAUUGUCAAAAGGCCUUCAACAGAAUCAAAGAGUAUCUGAUGAAAUCGCCGGUACUAAAGCCGUUAAGGGAUGGCAAGCCACUGAUUCUAUACCUAGCCUUAGAAGAAGAAGCCAUAGGGGAAAUGGUAGCGCAGUGCAGACCCAAUGAUGUGGAGCAUGCUGUCUGUUAUCUAAGUAAGAAGUUACUACCUUAUGAGUCGAAUUAUAACCUCAUGAAAAAGACGUGUCUAGCAAUGAUAUGGGCUACAAGAAAGUUGAGGCAUUACUUUCAAUGUUAUAGGAUUCAGGCAAUUUUAAAAAUAGACCUGCUAAAAUAUUUGUUUAAAGCUCCAUCCUUUAGAGGAAAGCUGACUAGAUGGUUAGUAUUCUUGAUAGAGUUUGACAUUGAUUACGUCACCAAGAAGAUGGUCAAGGGUAGGGCUGUAGUAGAGUUUUUAGCUCAGAAUGCUAACAAAGGAGAUGACCCUUGGGAUCUAAACUUACUUGAUGAAAAUUUUAGGGCAAUUGAGAUUCAGAAAUGGAAGAUGUACUACGAUGGAGCUGUAAAUGCAAAAGGUGCAGGGUUAGGAGUAGUUCUGAUCACGCUAAAAGGAGAAAUCCUGCCAAUGGCCAAGAGAUUGGACUUUAGAGUGACCAAUAACAUGGUAGAAUACAAAGCAUAUUUAUUUCGAUUAGAAGCAACCAUGGUAGCGAGAGUUGAGCAAUUGAUGGUCUACGGGGACUCCAUGCUAGUAAUCCAACAAGCUCUCGAGGAAAAGGAAGUAAAAGAGGAGAGGUUGAAGUUGUAUGUCAACUAUCUUAGAACUUUAGGAAUCAACAUCAUUGGAGAAAUAAAACCUCCCUCGAAUAGUCACAAGUCCAUAGUCGUAGUGAUUGACUACUUCUUUAAGUGGUUUAAAGCUAAGUCAUUCACAAAUGUGGGGGCAAGGCAGAUGGCCAGAUUUAUAGAAAGGAACCUGAUCUGCAAAUAUGGGGUCCCACAUCAUGCUGUGACGAAUAAUGAGGUGCAGUUCAUGGGUGAGACAGCAAAACUGCUAGUAGAAUACAAGAUCGAGUAUCAUAGAUCUUCUCCAUAUAAUCCUAAGUCAAAUGGAGCUGUAGAAGCAACCAACAAGAACCUGAACAAAAUACUCUUGAAGAUGGUAUGA